CUCAAUGUCUUGAACAAUGAGGUCCAGAAUAUCGACCAAUUGUUGACCAAUGAUGUCGAAAAGUUUUGCACUACUAUUGUUGAUGUCUAUUCCAAUGUUUCCAAACCCAUUUUAGAUAUUGUGAUAUUAGUUCAAAGAUUAAGCAGCGUAUAUACUGGUAUCAGUACUCCCGGUGCAAUGGUUGCAUAUUUACUAGUAGCAGGACCAAUACUAGCGAACGCAAGGCGUCCGAUGACUAAACUAACUGUCGUUGAGACUCAAUUGGAGGGUCAGCUCAGAUACGUUCACAACCGGAUUAUAUCGAAUUGCGAAGAAAUCGCAUUCUACCAGGGCAACUACCGGUGCUUCAACCUCCCUAUCCUCUAAUAGUUCAUUCUUUCUUAUUUAUCAUUGUUUAUGAUUACAGGGAACGGCUCAC